AUGCAGGAGCGCCGCGACUGCCCUCAGCACCCCCUCUCUCGAGGCGCUGACGCUCAGCCGCGGCAGGCGCUCCUUCCGCAGAGUCGACGUCUGAAAGGCGGAGGCUUUUCGCCUCCUAAUAACUGCAGCACCAACAGCAACAAUAGCAGCAAUAUUAGCAGAAACAGCAACAACCGAAAGCAGCAUUUCCAGCGCUGUGGAACUCGCGAGCUCACUCUGCAGCAGCAGCAGCAGAGGCAGCAGCAGCUGCUGCUCACAAAAGGCGGCGAAGGAUAUGCUCGCUAUGCAGCAGCAGUCUCUCCAAGCCAGCGUCUCCUCAGCUGCAAGGAUAGCUGGCAUCCGCAUACGCCAAACCCGUCUAAGCCCCUCAGCGUAGCGCAGUGGAGAGAUGUCUUGGGAACGUGGAGACGACAAAUACACAAGUGGACAAAUCUUCCCGCUGAGCUCUACGCCCAGCUUCUCUUGCUGUCUGUUCCAGACCAAGUGCGACUCUUGCAGGAGCUGCCCCCAAGUCAGCUGGAUGUUCGCCAAGGCUCUUCAGCGCAUGUUGCAGAGGCAGCCGCGGAUACGGAUAGAGAGACUACAUCGGCAGCGUUCAAGCCUCCUGGAGUUGCAAGCGCCUCUGCGAACACUUCCAAAGAAGCAGAGAAGAUCGCUGAGGCUGCUGGAUUUCCCUCUCUGGCCUUUCGACGCGCGCAGGAGCGACUGGCCGAUAUCUACGGCGCUGCGGGGGCUGCUCUUGUCCGCUUUCAGCAGGCGGAGCAGCAGCAGCAGCAGCAGCAGGCGGAGCAGCAGCAGCAGCAGCAGGCGUUACAGGGGCCAGUAGACCAGCAGAGGCUGCAGCAGCUGCCUCUAGAUAUGCGCUUUCGUCUGCAAAACGUUGCGCCUACGCUUCGUGGCACAAUCCCCAGCCCGAGCAGCAGUUUCGGCAGCAGUACAAGCAGCAGCAGCAGCAGCGCGCAGCUGCUGUUAACGCGCCAGCAGCAGCAGGCUGCCCUGCUGCUGGCAGACGGGGGAGUUCUCAGUAGCGAUGCGUGUUUCUCAGCUUUCUGCGCGCUACCAAGACGCAGCACUACGACGAAGCGGAAGCGUUUCGCCCAACACCUCGGCUGGCUCGCGCGUCCGUAUUCGAGCGCAGACAUGGCUACGCAUGCACGUGCAACGCACGCUGGAGGAAGAGGCCUCCUCGCCACUGAGUAG